AUGUUAGUGAACCUAUAUUUUACUACCUUAGUAUUGGAUGUUGGAGAAACAGAUAUAUCAUUACCUAAAUUUGUUUUCAAUAUUUUCGUUAAACUUAUUUUUGUUUUGUUUGUUCUCAGGUAUUCAAGUCCAAAACGUUCGUGGUUCGUCGAAGAAGAAAUGGGACGUAAACUGCAAGGUUCGAAGGACACAUACGACAUAGACAACCUGAUCUCACCUAUUUAUGCGAUGACGGUGGCUGGCACGGGCAUGAGCAGUGCCGGCUGGAUGGGCUACAAAGCAGUGCCCGUCGAUGAACCUAAGCCUGCACGGACCCCAUUGUUCCUAAUUGAUAAUGGUCUCAGUGCUAAGACACUAGAUGCUAUGUUACACAUAUUCAUUAUAUGUUUAGUACUUUUUAUUAUCAUCAACUGUAUGUGUAAAUUUGUUUGGUUAUUUCUAAAAUGA